AUGGAAGAAAAAUUGAAUUCUGAUAAGUAUAUAUUAUUCGAGGGCGAAAAUGAUGUGAGGAUCAGUAACUUUUGUUACGAAUAUACAGAAAAGGCGAUGAAGAAAAGGUUUUCCAAUUCACACACUUACAAAAAUUUAAACAGCCAUAACAGGAUCAGUAAAUGGCCAUGCAAAGAUAAUGUUGUAUUUAACUAUGAGAAAUGGGAAAUAACACCAAAGUGCAGUAGGCGAUAUUCACAACUGAGCGACUUAGGGAUGAUUGGAAAGCACAACUUAGAAAAAUGCUUAAAUAAGGAAGAUCAGAAAAGACGUCACAAAACCCCCAUGUUGUGGCUACAUGAUCAUACAGCGACCUAUUCGACACCUGAAAGAUAA